AUCACUAAUUCAUUUUAUUGGACGAAACUAAAAUUGAACAUAGAAAAAGGCAAAUUUAAUGCCAUGACCCCGAAGCAAAAAGUCCAUCAUUGCCGGCUUUGCACUGAUGACGUCACUAGAAGGGAAACCCCCCUAUUCUCUACGUUCCGUUCUUUGGUUUCGUUACUAAUAAUAGCAUGUCUCGUGCAGUGCAAACAUUCACAUUAGCAAUAUUAGCAUUAUAUUCGUCACAAUCAUUAUAAUCAUAACGUUAAUUUUUUUUUUCAUGUAUGUUUGGUGAGUUUUUUUUUAUUUAGAUGUGGGAUAUUACAGUUAUGUCUUUUAGUAAUUUGAGGAAUGGAACGUGUGUCAUUUUGUUUUGACAUUGACAAUAAGUUGACAUUUCCUCAUAGUCAUUUUUAUGUACUGUGUGAUUUCAUUGGCAAUUCGCAAUCUUAGGCUUUUUGUCAUACACAGAAAGAAAAUAACUUGAUAAAAUGUAUAACAAUACUGCCAAGAGGGAAGUGUUUCUGAAAUAAAGAUGGUGCGUGUCGAAGUUCGCCCGAUCCACGCUACCCAAUGUCGUACAAUGGCAACAAAUUAUUCGAAGCUAAAAGAUUUAAUUACUCUGAAGGUCAGUAUGAGCGAUAUGCAUAGCCAAAUACUACAUGCAAUGAAAGGCUUAUACCAAAACGAUAUCAACUCUGCCAGGAGAUACGAGCAAAUAACCACAAUUGGCCAGCUUCUAAAAGUUUUGGAAGUUAGAGAUGUACUGUCUGAAGAAAAUAUUUUGCCAUUACAAGUGCUGGCUCAGAGACUACCAGAUAAUAUGGAGAUAAUGAAUAGUAUCAGUUGUUAUGAGCAAAGUCGUGGACCUAAACAAAACAUAAAUCAAUAUGCCCCAUCACUCUCGGACCCAGUAUGGCGCUCCAUGUCCAACAUACAGCAGAUGGCGUAUUGUGCAUGGUGUGUGGCGCACGGCCUAUGGCGUAUUACGUGUGGUAUAUGUCGUGUCGCGUACAGAAUAUGGCGUGUCAUGUAUUGGACGUGGCGUGUCUGUUACGUCUUAUGGAGAAUUACGUACUUUCUGUGGAACAUAUUCACGAGAGUGCUCAACGCAAGCCACUACCACCAAAACAAUAUGAGGAUAAUGCAUUCUCAGAUGGUUUAUGUGAGAAGAAACGUGAAAGGAUAACAGAAACUAUAGUUGAAGAAAUAGGCUCGUACUGGCGCAAUCUAGCCAGAUACCUGGGCAUACAGGAGUGGAGAAUCGAUGAAAUACAGUGCAAUGGAAAACCGAUAGAAGAGAAAGCGGCAGAGAUAAUGGAGAUGUACAAGAAAAGAGCUGAUCGUAAGAAAUGGUUUUUUGAUCUCUUGGACGCUUUAGAGAAAGCUCGUAGAAAGGAGUUGUCUAGGAAAAUUAGGGAUAUUGCUACGAUGAACAUUUAGCAUUUUCUCUGUUUAGCCUUAAUUAAAAAGUGAUGAAUUACUCUAAUUAGCCGAUAGGUGAUGACAUAGGUGUACAGUUGACACAAUGGCAGUAAAAAUGUUUUUAACAUAUAUUUUGCUUUUUGGUGAUUUGUUUAUCUGAAACGAUGACAUGGACCAAUUAAUAUACUAAGGACACUAUCACAGGUAGGCUGUGUUUGAAAAAUACUAUGAGCCUCUAGGUUUAAGUUUUCACAUUGGAUGCAGUACUUCUCGUCGAUGCUGUGUGCAAGUAGGAGAUCGCGAUAAGGUAGAAUAAGAAAAUGAAAACAUUAGGACAUCUAAUAUUUAUUUAAAAAAAAGGAACUUCUAGUUCAUAAGGCACUUUUGCUCUUAAUAAUACUUAACAUAUGUAAAUAUUUAACUUAAAAUGACUUAUAACAUGUGUGUAUAUAGGAAUGUUUACAACGAGUAACCAUAAAACAUGUAUAUUUUAUGUAACAUAAUAAAUGAGAUAAGUUA